GUCCCGUAUAUACAUAUUCAACGGGAAACAAGCAGCAUUUGUAUAUGAACCAGCCGGAGCUAGUAAAGGAAAUGAACCAGAGUAUUAGCCUGGAUUUAGGGAAGCCGUCUUAUGUCACUAAGAGACUUGCCCCUAUGCUUGGAAAUGGUAUUUUGAGGUCUAAUGGCCACAUUUGGGCCAUGCAGAGGAAAAUCGUUGCACCCGAAUUCUUCAUGGACAAGGUCAAGGGCAUGGUGAGCCUGAUGUUGCAGUCAGUUGAGCUAUUGACCAGCAAAUGGGAUGAAAGGAUUGAAGCUGAAGGAGGGAAAAUGGCGGAGAUUAGUGUGGGAGAGGAUCUAAGAAGCCUCUCAGCAGAUGUGAUCUCAAGGGCUUGCUUUGGGAGUUCUUAUUUCAAAGGCAAAAAGAUUUUCUCAAAGCUUCGAACCCUUCAAAAAGUCAUAUCAAACCAAAGCAUUCUUUUUGGUUCUCCCGCUUUAGGGUUUCUUCCGAGUAGGCAGCAAAAGGAGAUUGAGAACUUAGAGAAGGAGAUAGAAUCGUUGAUAUGGGAAGCCGUGAAAGAACGAGAAAGGGAAUGCUUAGAGAAACCCUCAAAUGAGAAAGAUUUGUUGCAUUCGAUACUUGAGGGAGCCAUCAAUGAUGGUAAUGUAGGUGAGAAUUCGUCCAGGAAAUUCAUAGUUGACAAUUGCAAGAACAUAUACUUUGCAGGGCAUGAGUCCACUGCUGUUGCUGCAUCAUGGUGCCUCAUGCUUCUGGCUCUGCAUCCAGAAUGGCAGUCUCGUAUCCGCGAGGAAAUGUCUCAGAUUUGCCCCAACGGUAUCCUAGAUGCAGAGUCAGUCUCCAAGAUGAGAAUGGUGACAAUGGUUAUUCAAGAAGUGAUGCGUUUAUAUCCACCAGCAGCAUUUGUGUCAAGGGAGGCGCUGGAGGAUACACAGAUUGGUCAUAUUGUUGUGCCAAGAGGUGUAUGUUUGUGGACCUUGAUCCCGACACUGCAUCGCGACCCUGAUAUAUGGGGACGAGACGCCAAUGAAUUCAAGCCAGAAAGGUUCGAAAAUGGAGUUUCAAGUGCUUGCAAACUGCCACAAGUUUAUAUUCCAUUCGGACUAGGUCCUCGGCUCUGCCUAGGCCGGAAUUUUGCGAUGGUGCAGCUCAAGGUUGUAAUUUCACUCAUAAUUUCCAAGUUCCGUUUCUCUCUGUCUCCCAAAUACAGACACUCACCGGCUUAUAGGAUGAUUGUAGAACCGGGCCAAGGAGUACAAAUUCUUGUUGAGCGAUUGAAGCAAUGUUGACACAGGAUAUAAUAUGCCUCAGUAUACAUAAAUAAAUACAUUGCUGUCUUUUA